AUGCCUUAUGUCGAUUUGACCUGGAAUCCCAAACGCGGCUCUACAAGCGCCCAGGAAAAUGGCGCGCCGUACCAUAUACCGGCAACCGAGUAUUCGACAGCAUGGGGAUGCCAAUGGACCGAUCCCGAGUUUGGCGUCUUGAACGAACAGGACUUGGAACUCCUGAAGCAUGUGAAUUGCUCGUACCUUUCUUCCGGCAGACCACCAACGAUGCUAGCAUUGAAACAGCACGCGCAGUCUCUUACAAAUCUCAUCAAGACGCUGUGCGUCAGCACUACAUUUGGAAUCGUCGACGGGAAGGGCGAGCGGUGUCCGGCUUUUGAGAAGAAUGAGGCCUUUGACUGGCUGAAUGACCUCGACGAACCAUACACAAACGACGACGAAUUUCACCAUAUCCCACUGUGGGCGCUGGCAAAUCACGUUGAAACCCAGGACGAGGAGACUGGGAUUGAAUGCCACUGCGCUCUCAAGGCCGCGCGCAACAGGGAACCCACCGAGCCUGGCGAGAAGACACCACGACCGUACUUUAGCCAUCACAACCUGGUCAUGCACGCAAACGAAUGCCUCGAGAUGCUGGAUCAUGAAUAUAGCGCGACAGGAGGCCUCCUUUCAUUGAUUCCAUCUGGAAAUGAAGACGAUAGUGAGCAAAUGACUGCCGCAAAGAACACGCUACUGGGUCAGCUACUCCUUCACCAACAACACAUGAUUCAACGGAUGCACGAACUCGAAAUCAUGUGCGCUAGGGCAGUCGAUAUUCUGGCGGGAGAAGCUGUUGUGCCCAUGCAGAUGCUUCAAAGUCUAGGCGUGGAGGGACGAUCGAAAGGACGAGAGGUAGCCUAUGCGCAGGACCAAUUUAUUCUUGCCAACGCGGGAAAAGAUGUCUUUGAAUUGAUACACCACCUGAUGGAUAAACAAGAGCCCAAGAUUCAAGCUCAGGACCAGAUGUCGUUCAACUCAGGAGUCAGCGGCGAGCGGAUGUGGUCACAAACACCAGAGGGCGGAUGGUAUUCCCGUGGCAUCGUACAUGUCGACUUGAUGACGAGGUUUGUCCGUCUCAAAGGUUCAGGAGGAAAGUCAACCAUCUUCAUCACCCCGGCUAUCGAACAUCACCCUGGCAUAGCAGAAACCCGAAAGAUGGAGAGUCGCCCAACGGUAGUCUCUGUGGUGACGCCGUCUUGGCCAGAACGAGCUUCAGAGCUGGAGCAACGUGCCAACGCUCAUCUUCAGAGGGAGAAGGAGUUGGAAAAUGAAAACCGGACACUCGCACGAGAUAAGAUGGAGAUGGAGUAUAACUUGGGUAUCGCCUUGGGGGAGCUGCGAAAGACAAGGCAAGAGGUGAAAUUCUAUGAGGAAACAUCUGAAGGGGUAGCGAGUAGUAGGAUUCGCAGCGGAAAUGAAGCAAUGCAGCGGCAGAUGGCGAAGCUGAGAGAGGAGCUGCCCGGGGAGUAUCACCACCUCUUGCGGACUGACGACUGA